CUCCAGUUAGGAUGCAAGGCAUCAUCAACUUUGCAACGGUCGUUCUUUCUAUUUCAUCCCAACACGUAACAGGAAAAGAAUGCUGGAAACCCAACGAGCUGUUCUACACUGAAUGCUCCAAUACACACGUGGUCAGAGCGGUGGCACUGAACAGCUGCAUCGAAUCUCCCUGCGAGCUGAAAGCGAAUCGUUCUGCAACCCUAAUGAUUACAUUUCAACCUAGAACAAAAAUCACUCAGCUGAUUCCUGAACUGCAUCUCUACGUGAACUUCUUUCUUCGACCAACGUUCAAUCCAAAGUCAUCCAAAAGCUUUUCGGAAUCAAUGGACGGAACUUUUCCGUUGGAGCCUGGACGGUUCUACACCUACACUUUCUCUGAGGUGAUGCCUGCUAGGACGGGAUCAGUCACCGCGACCUGGAGGAUGUACGACCAAAAUUCCAACAGUGCGGUAUGCGUGGAAUUCCCUGUUGUGGUGGUAGAUCCAGAAGACGAAUGAUACGUAACGGGAUACGCACUGGACAGAUUUUUACCGCGUCUCUUGUUUUCACACGUUCCACUCACCCUGUGUUAUCACCUCAUUGUGAUCUCCGUAAGCCAUCGGUAAUAUAUCCCAUAUGUGUUAUCAAAU